GGGCGCCUUGGCUUGCCGUGGCUGGUGCAAUAGGUCUUGUCAAAAUAUUAAACACGAGCAAAGGAAAUAUUAUACAGACUCUUACGGGGCACGCAAGCAAAGACUUUUCAAUACGGCUUUGGAACGUGAUCACUGGCACACCUGUUGUAGUUUUUGGUGGAGAGUGCGGUCAUCGAGAACCAGUCUUGAGCAUUGAUAUUCAUUUAUCUGGAGAUUUUUUGGUAUCUUCUGGAAUGGAUCAUUCUGUCAAGAUAUGGUCUUUAUGUACACCUGUAAUUAAGCACACCAUUGAAUCUUCAUUUAAGCCCAAACCGCUUUCUCGAAUUCAGCAACAGCAAAUUCAGACAUCGACAUGUUGCAAAUCACAUGGACAUACGUCAACUCCGUUAUUCGUACAUUUUCCCAUUUUCUCAACAGCACAGUUGCAUAAUAAUUAUGUUGAUUGUGUGAGGUGGUAUGGAGAUCUGUUAAUGUCAAGGUGUGCAGCCGAUGCUAAAAUUAUAAUGUGGAGGCCUGAAGUUGAAUUGGUUGCAAGUGAUAGAUCUAAUGUAACAACUACUAUAGUUGGUGGGCCAGCUGUUCCUAGCAAACAACCGACAAGUUUUGAUAUAAUAUGUGAAUUCGAAUUCGAUCACUGUGAUAUUUGGUUUCUCCGAUUUGGAAUUUCUCAGGAUUAUCGAUUACUAGCAACAGGCAAUCAAAUUGGGCAGAUAUUUUUAUGGGACCUGCAUGAGAUUCCGUGCCUUAUUGAUAGUUAUAUCGAGAAGAAAAAAUUGAAGAGCUCAGGAGUGAAGAUGGAUAAGGUUGUGAAAAAAAAGGGAGGUAGUGGGUCAAAUAAUAAAAAGUCCAAAAUCCAUAAUAGUAGUGCUAGUGAUGUAAGUGAUGGCCUGUCUUCAACUUCAAAAGGUGUUAAUAAUGAUGGGACUUCAGAAACAAAGGUGUGUAAACCAGCUGUUUUAGGAGUUGAUACAUGCGAUAGCACUAUAAGACAAGUGACUUUCUCUAGUAACAGGCAAUGGAUGGUUGCAAUCUGUGAUGAUGCAACUGUUUGGGGUUGGAAAUUGAAUAGAGAAGUGAGUGGACAGGCGGCUGGCA